AUGGAUGAGCAUGUGGUUAAGAGAGCAGAUGGAGGUCAGAGUUUUUCCAUGAGGUCUGGCAUUGUUUUCAAAGAUCAAAAUAAUGAAGAUCGAAGUAUUCAGCGUCGCGACAGGCUGGGGUGUCGUACCAGGCAUAACACCGUGAGAGGUGCCCAAAUUGACACUCAGGAAAAAUCCAAAUAUGCAAGAGCUUCAUUCCAUGCCAUGAAUGGUAAGGUGAUAGCUGGAAGCUCUUCCAAAUCAUCUUCUACUUCUAGGGGAUAUGGAAGGUCUUUCAAGGAGCAGCCGAAUCAAAAAAUUUUAAGGGGCUCAGCUGUUGCAGAAACUAGUAGCAAGCAGCAUGAGAUUGACAAAUUAACCAACAUUGAGUGUUUAAAGAAUCUAAAUUCUGAUGAUUCACGAAGAGGGAAAGAACAUUUAGAAUACACUGCCACAGUCAUAGGGCCCUUAGAAACUGAAGAUACAACUGAGUCAACCAUCAGUGAUUCAGUAUGGAAACCACAUAGACAAAUUAAUGGAAAUUUUGGCUCAGGAAAACAAGACCCUUCUUCAAGGUCCUUUAUGCGAUGCCCAAAUAUGGCAUAUACAUACGCCAGUCAUCCUGCUAAACCUGUUUCUCAAAGGUUGAGCUCUGGUGCAGAGGGCUGUGGUCUUAAUAGGCUAAGUUGCACAUCAAUAUCAGAUGUUCUUUCUUCAGGUGCUUCAUCCUCUGGUUUCACACAUCAUGGGAGGGUUGAUACUGUAAGAAAACGGCCAUCUGAAGGAGAAAGUUCUACUUCCAGAUGCAAGGGUGCAGGUGCAUCAUCGACUGAAAGGUAUGUGGUUUCCAUGCAUACUGGUUCUGGCUCAAGUUCAUCAAGUAUGAGUAAAGUAACACAUCAGCCAGUGUCAAGAAGGACCAGAAACCAACCUACUACUGGGGAUGGUUCAGUUCCAGUUGGAACUGGGAGGGCUUCUACUGGUGAAAGUCAAAGGAGGCUAUCCUUACAAGCUGACUACAAUAUCCUUCCAUUGGAUGAACCCAUUAUGCUUCCCCAGUACCAGCGGAAUCAUUUUUCUCUUGCAGAAGUACCACCUGAAAGUUCAUCAAGAUCAUCACAUGCCUUUCGUAAUUCAUAUGGACGACCAGGAUCAAGCAGUCAGACUUUUCGAAGUAGGUCAAUGUCUCAACCUGAGGAUAACAGCACACCAAUGCUCUUUGGCUCUUCAGGAGAUGGCUAUCAUCACUUCAAUGUGGAGGGAAUUGCAGAGGCGCUCUUGGCACUUGAACAUAUUGAACAAGACGAGGAACUGACAUAUGAGCAAUUAUCGGUGCUGGAGACAAGUUUGUUCUUUUGCGGGCUUAGUUUCCAUGAUCAGCAUAGAGCCCUGAGGAUGGACAUUGAAAAUAUGUCCUAUGAGGAAUUGUUAGCUCUUGAGGAGAAAAUGGGUACUGUAAGCACAGCUCUCUCAGAGGAGCAAUUGUCUAAAUGUCUCAUGAGAAACGUAUAUGAACCCACCUAUCAGGCCACUGGAAUUGCUGUCUGUGGUGAUGAGAAUAUGAAAUGCAGCAUUUGUCAGGAAGAAUUCAUCCGGGAACAAGAAGUAGGCGAGUUGCAGUGCGAGCAUCUCUACCACACGACAUGCAUCGAGCAGUGGCUUCGGCGGAAGAACUGGUGCCCCAUCUGCAGGUCAUCUGCUCUGCCAUUGUAGAGAAAUGGUGAAGAUCUCACAUGUUUAUGUCCUCUGUGAAUACAAACUUUUCUUCCUUGUGAUAAAUCUAGGAUAAUCCUUGUAAUAAAUUUAGGAUGCUCCUAUGUGUACGUUCUGUUCCCUAAUGUUACAACAACAUUAUUGGGAUGAUUCAGUGAUAACUUUAGCUUUCCUAAAAGAAUAUUCUUUGGGGACAAAUAUGACUCAUGUCAUACAAUUUAGAGUUAUAUAUUUUAAAAUUUUCAUUUGAUGAUCCA